GAGCCUGGAGUGUUCAGGAUGUUAUUGUUCCUGCUGCUGCUGCGGUUUCUGCCCCCCAUUGAGGGGUCCCAGCGUGCUGAACCCAUGUUCACUGCAGUCACCAGCUCGGUCCUGCCCCCUGACUAUGACAGCAACCCCACCCAGCUCAACUAUGGUGUGGCAGUCACCGAUGUGGACCAUGAUGGAGAUUUUGAGAUCGUUGUGGCAGGGUACAACGGCCCCAACCUGGUUCUGAAGUAUGACCGGGCCCAAAAGCGACUGGUGAACAUCGCAGUGGAUGAGCGCAGCUCCCCUUACUAUGCACUGCGGGACCGGCAAGGGAAUGCUAUCGGGGUCACAGCCUGCGAUAUUGACGGGGAUGGCCGUGAGGAGAUCUACUUCCUCAACACCAAUAAUGCCUUCUCAGGGGUGGCCACGUACACGGACAAGUUGUUCAAGUUCCGCAACAACCGGUGGGAAGACAUCCUCAGUGAUGAGGUCAACGUGGCCCGCGGUGUGGCCAGCCUCUUUGCCGGGCGCUCCGUGGCCUGCGUGGACAGGACGGGCUCCGGACGCUACUCUAUCUAUAUCGCCAAUUAUGCCUACGGUAAUGUGGGCCCUGACGCCCUCAUUGAAAUGGACCCUGAGGCCAGUGACCUCUCCCAGGGCAUUCUGGCGCUCAGAGAUGUGGCUGCUGAGGCUGGGGUCAGCAAAUACACAGGGGGCCGGGGUGUCAGCGUGGGCCCCAUCCUCAGCAGCAGCGCCUCAGACAUCUUCUGUGACAACGAGAAUGGGCCCAACUUCCUCUUCCACAACCAGGGCGACGGCACCUUCGUGGAUGCUGCUGCCAGUGCUGGUGUGGAUGACCCGCACCAGCACGGGCGAGGUGUUGCCCUGGCCGACUUCAACCGUGAUGGAAAAGUGGACAUCGUUUACGGGAACUGGAAUGGCCCCCACCGGCUCUACCUGCAGAUGAGCGCCCACGGGAAGGUCCGGUUUCGGGAUAUCGCCUCGCCCAAGUUCUCCAUGCCGUCCCCUGUCCGCACAGUCAUCGCUGCCGACUUUGACAAUGACCAGGAGCUGGAGAUCUUCUUCAACAACUUCGCCCACCGCAGCUCCUCAGCCAACCGCCUCUUCCGUGUCAUCCGCAGGGAACACGGCGACCCUCUCAUCGAGGAGCUCAAUCCUGGCGAUGCCUUGGAGCCUGAGGGUCGGGGCACAGGGGGUGUGGUGACAGACUUCGAUGGAGAUGGGAUGCUGGACCUCAUCUUGUCCCAUGGGGAGUCCAUGGCUCAGCCGCUGUCCGUCUUCCGGGGGAACCAGGGCUUCAGCAACAACUGGCUGCGUGUGGUGCCUCGGACCCGGUUCGGGGCCUUCGCCAGGGGAGCUAAGGUUGUGCUCUAUACCAAGAAGAGCGGGGCCCACCUGAGGAUUAUCGACGGUGGUUCAGGCUACCUGUGUGAGAUGGAGCCCGUGGCACACUUUGGCUUAGGGAAGGAUGAAGCCAGCAGUGUGGAGGUGACGUGGCCAGAUGGCAAGAUGGCAAGCCGGAGCGUGGCCAGUGAGGAGAUGAACUCUGUGCUAGAGAUCUCCUACCCCCGGGAUGAGGACAGACUUCAGAGCCCAGCCCCACUGGAGUGCGGCCAAGGAUUCUCCCAGCAGGAAAAUGGCCAUUGCAUGGACACCAACGAAUGCAUCCAGUUCCCAUUCGUGUGCCCUCGAGACAAGCCUGUGUGCGUCAACACGUAUGGAGGUUACAGGUGCCGGACCAACAAGAGGUGCAGUCGGGGCUACGAGCCCAACGAGGACGGCACGGCCUGUGUGGCUCAAGUGGCCUUUUUAGGUGGGUAUCCUUCUGCUGCCUUUAGAAUCUCUGAGCCUCUCUCUCGGGCCUCAUAUCUUUCUCUAGGCCUUGGACUUUGCCUUCAGUUAUAUGCACUUUAA